AUAUAGCUGUUAUUUAUAUGAUUUGUAUCCACCACCACUUCUUCUCUAUCUCUCUUUGCCACAAAACAAGAAUAAGUAUGACCACAAGACCUAAAGGAGUCAUUGCAACACCACAGCAACCAAGCCCUGAAUGUUGCAUGUGUGGAGAUUGUGGCCUUUCUCAUGAGCUUUUUCAAUGCAAAAUUUGUCAAUUCAGAUCUCAGCACAGAUACUGUAGCAAUCUUUAUCCAAAAGCUGAAUCCUACCAAGUGUGCAACUGGUGCCUAAGCCACGACAUAAAGGAAAGAUCACAAAAUUCUUCAAAUUCUUCGUCCUCGAAUAAAAACAGCAGCGAAGAUGAUAGCAAGAACAGGCAAAACAAGAAAAAGAGUGGCAACAGUGAAGGAUCAGGAGGAGGAUUAAAGACUCACCAAAGAGGUAAUUUACAGCUACAAGUGAUAAAUAGCCCAAUCAAGAAACAAAGAUCACCUGAGAGAUCACCGCAGACGACUCGGAGGAGACUCAUCAGUAAUGGUAGAUUAGAGGAAAUAAAGCUUAUUAGAAGAACAAAAUCAGAAGAUAUAUCAAAUAACAACGGAAUCACCAAACAUGUGUUUAGAAAUAAGGUGAGAAGAUAUAAGCUUCUUGAUGAGGUUUCGAGCUGAUCUUUAAUAAAGAUUUGAUCAUACAUAGCUGCUUAUGUGUGUACACAUAUAUGAAUUUUGUUUCUGCUUAUUAUGCUCCUGUGUUGCGGUGGGAAUUUCGGUUGUUGAGAGUCCAUUAGAGACAAAACUGGUAUGCGUUUUUUGGGUCGAGUCAUUUUUCACUGGUCAGAGAUGAUUAUUCCACCAAUCAGCUUUCUUCCUCUUCUUCUUCUUCGUGGAUCGAUCGUAAGUAUCAUUAUCACCGUCAAAAAUAAGGAAAAACAAUAAAAAUUAUGGCAAUGCAUAUAAUUUUGUUGUGGACAAUGAUGGGUAUGAAGAGUUUAUUUUCCAAGAAAAAGUAUGAUUUGAUUCGUCAGAAGUUAGCAGUUGCAGUACGCGUUUAAGAGUUGACAUAAGUCCAACAGAGAAACAAUGCUAAUUGCCUAUUGCGACUUUGAUAUCAAACCCACUCACUCUAUCUUACUAUUAUGCCUUUCUGUUUUUUUCAAAUAUAUGAUUCCUUUUUAUUCU